AUGGCCAACUACUACGAGGUGCUGGGGGUGCAGUCGAGCGCCUCCCCGGAAGACAUCAAGAAGGCCUACCGCAAGCUGGCCCUGCGCUGGCACCCCGACAAGAACCCUGACAACAAGGAGGAGGCCGAGAAGAAGUUCAAGCAGGUGUCCGAGGCCUACGAGGUCCUGUCCGACACCAAGAGGCGCUCGGCGUACGACCGCGCGGGCUGCGACAGCUGGCGGGCCGGCGGCGGGGCCAGCACCCCCUACGGCAGCCCCUUCGACACGGGCUACACCUUCCGGAACCCCGAGGACAUCUUCCGUGAGUUUUUCGGCGGCCUGGACCCGUUCUCGUUUGAUUUCUGGGAUGCGCCCUUCCACAGCGACCGCGCGGGCCGGGGCCAUGGGCUGCGGGGCGCCUUCUCAGCGGGCUUCGGGGAGUUCCCGGCCUUCGUGGAGGCCUUCUCGGCCUUCAACGCCCUGGGCCGGGCCGGCGGUGCCAGCCGCACCACCUUCUCGUCCACUUCCUUCGGGGGCUCCGGCGCCAGCAGCUCAGGGUUCAAGUCAGUGAUGUCGUCCACCGAGAUGGUCAACGGACACAAGGUCACCACCAAGCGCAUCGUGGAGAAUGGGCAGGAGCGCAUGGAGGUGGAGGAGGACGGGCAGCUCAAGUCGGUGACCAUCAAUGGCAAGGAGCAGCUCAAGCGGGUGGACAACAAGUGA